UUUUUUCACUUUUACAAUUUUUAGGAAGUGACUGAGUUUGAGCUGAGUAAAAAAUAUUAAAUAAAAUUAGAAAUGCAGAUUUCGCCACAGUUUAACAGAAUAGUUGAGUCAAUGAUAGUGGACGGAAAAUUUGGUGUCUGCAACGGGAUAAUUAGAAUCAACGAUGUGAAAUCAGGAAGUAGCACAUUGAGGAAAGGUCCCUGUGGAGACCGGUUUAAGGUGAACAUUCCUUAUGCAGGCCAGACACUGACUUGGGAGGUAAUCAUGGAUAAUUCUUGCCCUGAGGAACCUCCAGAUUUCAUAUUUGAAGAUUCGGAUUUUUGUCCAAACGUGGCUGACAUUAAGAGCUUGCUGAAGUGGGAUAUCCGUAACCCCCAUUGUUUGACGGAGGUCGUCACAGAACUUCUGGAUCAUUACAAAGCUUUCCAUGAGCGAUUAUUGGAGGCUCACUCCAGACUGCAGUUCGAGUACACCUCUCUACUGGAUCAAACCGAGUUAUCUCGAGAUCUUAUAGAAGUGUACUCGGAGAGAUCAGAGAAGAGAAUUGGGCCGAUUAACUUCCUGAUCAAACUUCCUGUGGAUUUCUCAGACAUUCCUCCAUAUAUCUCAAAAGAUAACCCUGGUGAUAAUUCAGCCGUUUUGUUGAUAGCAUUUCCCUCCCCAGACAGCUCCAGAGUCACCCCCCAAUUAUAUUUAUCCCCACGAGUAGAACAUGCCUUUGGUGGAUCCAGUAACCUGAGGAUACCUGCCUUCCCCAGUGGAGGCUGUCUAUUAGACUAUGUACCCAAUGUCUAUAAACUUCUACAAAAUAAGGUUGAGAAAACAGUGCAAAUGUAUGAUAGAAAAAAGGAUAUAAUUGCUGCAUUCUUAAGUCAGUUUGGCAGAUCAUUGCUGGAGUUUGAUGCUGAGGGAUUCCGUGAGAUUUCUUUUCUGUUUGAGUGGAAUGAUUUUUUCUUCAUUUUGUAUGUUGAGCUCUCUCAGUCUUUCCCACAAGAAGCCCCAGUGCUGACCUUUCAGUCUAUAUAUCACGAAUCCAAAGACAAGCCUUAUACCGAGAUCCAUGAUGGGUAUCCUUAUAGUCCGAGGUGGAGCAGUACAGAGAUGGUAUCCAGAAUUAAGACAUACAUUCUGGACAAUAUUCAGACGUUUCAGAAGCAGUCUGUGAUGAGUGGGUCUAUCUGACAGAUGUACUGUAGAAAUGCUCCAGUUUAUAUCAUAGUGUUGUUAUCACUUAUCCACUUGUAUUAUAAAUGUUCAGCAAUUCUUCAAUAAAAAAGAUCAUUUUUAA